AUGGAUCUCUCGGCUUCCUCCUAUCCACCAGAGCUCUCUCCAGAGCAGAAACAGCAUCUAGUUGCCGCCGUCAAGGAUUGGUGUAUACAUCAUGGCCUUGCCGUCAGACCCCCUCCGGCAUUCAUACAAGGCGCAUCGGAUCCGCAGGGUGUGUUGGCGACCAACGCUCCAGUGACUCUGUUCCCCAGCCUUUUCCCCCGGUCCUGCUACGAGUCGGCAGUAUCGGUGCAAAAGACAUACAACCAGCUUUAUGCCUCUAUAACUACCGAUGUAGAUUGGCUGGGAGAGAUCAUCGAAGAUCUUGUUGAGGUAGAUGAUUUCGUGGCCGGUCUCUGGAAAGUCCAUCUGGCUGUCAAAAGUGAGGGAUAUGUACAGCCUCUCUCACUUGGCUUGUUCCGGUCAGACUAUAUGGUCCAUGGCCCUUCUGGUUCCCCCAGGGAAGCAGAGUUGAAACAGGUUGAAUUCAAUACCAUUGCUGCAUCAUUUGGAGGACUAUCGAGUUUGGUGGCCCAGAUGCAUACAUCUCUCCUGUCAUCUCCAACUGGAGAGCCCCUAGUGUAUCCGUCACAUCCUGCCUUUAAGGGUAACCUGCCGCCCGAAAAUACCGCUGUUCCCACUCUGGCUGGAGGCCUUGCAGCGGCCCACAAGGCAUAUGGCCCUUCCAAGUCUUCUCCAAACCAACUGCCGCUAUGUGUUCUCUUUAUAGUGCAAGCUGGAGAAAGGAAUCUUUUUGACCAGAUGGAACUCGCAACUUGCCUUUCCCAAUCACAUAACAUCACCGUUUUCCGGGUUACAAGCGACGAGAUUCUAGAGUUAACCUCCAUUGCGGAAUCGAACCCUGCCCGCCCUAUCAUAUAUACCCCGAGAUAUUCCCCAUCUACUCAAUUCGAGGCCACCACUAUCUACCUUCGAGCCUUGUAUGGGCCUCAAGACUACCCAGAUGAAAAGGCAUGGAAAGCACGAACUCACAUAGAACGCUCGGCCGCCAUCAAAUGCCCAACGGUGCUCAACCAAUUAUCAGGCUGCAAGAAAGUGCAACAAAUUCUAGCCACAGCAGUCAGCGGCCCUGAGACGGAUUACUUGACCAAGUUCCUUCCUUGCACGGAACCCACCGAAAUACAGCAAAUACGCUCAACUUUUGCGCCCCAGUAUGACCUGGCCGAAGGAGGCCGUGGCAGAGAACUUGCUUUGAAUCCAGAAACUGCUGCAUUCCAUGUUCUCAAGCCUCAGCGUGAAGGAGGCGGAAACAACGUAUACCGUGAUUCCAUUCCCACGUUCCUCAAAUCCAUACCUGAAAAGGACUGGAAAGGCUGGAUACUCAUGGAACUCAUACAGCCCCCACCAGCUAAGAACGUUGCACUUCGCAGUGAUGGUCAGGUCCUCAGCGGCGACGUAAUUGGCGAAUUGGGCACAUAUGGCACAAUCCUGUGGAACAAUGAUGGGCAGACGUUACAUAACGAGCAAGGAGGAUGGCUUAUGAGAACAAAGGCUAAGGAUAGUGAUGAAGGCGGGGUGGCUGCAGGAUUCUCAUCCUUGGACAGUAUCUUACUUGUUUAA